AUGACAUACGAGGAGGAGCAGCGCAAGGCGGCGAUAGUGGAAGCACUGACACACUUCUCGGUGCUCUCGGCCAAUGCCAUGGCGACAGGUGUCACCACCACGCGCAUGCGCCUGCAGCUCAUGAAGAAAUACUCAGAGGUGAGGGACUUUUGGCUGACAGAAGAAGGUGUGAACCCAUCAGCACCGCCCACAAUCCAUCCCGACCUGCUUCACUACAUCGUCACACACGAUCCCCGCCUCUCCCCCUCCCCCUCCACCCGCCCUUCCACCUCCUCCCCCCCCAACGCCUCCUCCCCUCCCCUCUCCCCCUCCUCCUCCGCCUCCCCCCCCAACACUCCCCCCCCUCGCUCCCUCACUCACUCUCGCUCGCUGGCGGAUGGGCGGACAAGGGGGAGAAUGGGGGGAGAGGAGGGGGAAGUGGAAGCGGGGGGAGGAAGGGAAGAUGGGAGAGUAGGCGGAGGGGAGGAGGGAGGAGGGGAAGGGGAGGGAGGUUUUGAGGAGGAGGGGUUAUCAGUGGGAUCGGAUAUGGAGAUAGAUGGGAUGGUAGUUGAGGGGGAAGAGGAUGGAAAUGGGGAGGGUGGAAGGUUGGGAAGGGAGGAAGAGGAGGACGACGAGGAGGGGAGGGGAUGGGGAGACGGUCGACUGAAGACGAUGGAUCCCAAGCUGGAAGCUCCUUCAAGAUCAAGCUUCUGCAGAGCCGUGCAUUUACCGUUGGCGAGCAGGCGCUUCAUCGCCGUUGACGGAUUAAGCCACGAGCUACGGGACCCGAAAGUCGCAGUCCUGAACGCCGUGCAUCACUUGAACGCCGUGCAUCACCUGAACGCCGUGCAUCAACUGAACGCCGUGCAUCACUUGAACGCCGUGCAUCAACUGAACGCCGUGCAUCACCUGAACGCCGUGCAUCAACUGAACGCCGUGCAUCACUUGAACGCCGUGCAUCACUUGAACGCCGUGCAUCACUUGAACGCCGUGCAUCACUUGAACGCCGUGCAUCACUUGAACGCCGUGCAUCACUGGUCAAGAUCCGCUCGCCAACGGUACGUGUGUCUUGUGCGACUCUCGAAAGCAUCUCGAAAGCGACGAUCGCGUCCUUUCGGCUUGUCGUCGCAGUCACGCUCGCCGUCGCCGUCCGUCGCCGUCCGCUCGUGUCGUCCGCUAGAACCUGACCGUCCGCCGGCGACGCACCGCGACUCACGGAUGGUGGACGCAUGGCGAAGCGCGACGACGCGUGGCGGCGUAUGGCGACUCAUGGCGGCGUAUGGCGACUCAUGGCGAUGCAUAGCGAAGGGAGAUGCUUCUUCGGGCUCGUCUAACCGUGCACGGCGCAUCGGAGGCCCUUGGCGACGCUUCGACCGUCGCUUACCAGCUGCGACCGUCGCUUACCAGCUGCGACCGUCGCUUACCAGCUGCGACCGUCGCUUACCAGCUGCGACCGUCGCUUACCAGCUACGAUCGCAGCGACGCUUCGCUCCGGUUGAGGGCGACGCUUCUUCGGGCUCGUCUAACGGCGCACGGGGCAUCGGCGGCCCUUUGCGACGCUUCGACCGUCGCUUACCAGCUGCGACCGUCGCUUACCAGCUGCGCCAGGCUUCGGUUGAGGGGCGCACGGACGCGUUUCUCGCCGGCGAACGGCGCGUUUCGAAGGCGGACAGCGCGUUUCGCGGGCGGACAGCGCGUUUCGCGGGCGGACGGCGCGUUUCGCGUGCUGACGGCGCGUUUCGCAGGCGAAUGGCGCGUUUCACGGGCGGAUGGCGCGUUUCACGGGCGGAUGGCGCUCUUAGUGCAGCCAUCAGGAUCGAGAGUGGGAGCGCCAACGACGGACAGGACCCAUGCGCAGAGGGAGCAGCGGGGCUGGGAGUUGACGGCGCUGGCUGCAACAACUCCUUCGCGCUGGUACGCUGUCAGUUCCUGUUCCUUGUGUUAUUGUAUUCCAUUGCAGUUCGCGACAUCAGGGUGGGGGCUGACGGCGCUGGCGGCAGCGGGAGGCUGCAACAGCUCAUCCACAUGCUCACGGCGUGGAAGUGGGAGCGGGAGCUGACGGCGCUGGCUGCAACGACUCCCAUCCAUGUGGAGUCUACGGCGCUGGCGGCGUCGAUUGCUCGUCUCUCUUGGAGCUGCGGGAGAGGGCGGGAGCCAACGGCGCUGGCGGGACAACAACGCUGGCGGGGACAACGACGCUGGCGGGACAACAACGCUGGCGGAAACAACGGCGCUGGCGGGGACAACUACGCUGGCGGGGACAGCGGCGCUGGCGGCGAGGAGCUUGGAGGAGGAGGUUUCAUCCUCACCCCCCCCUCCCCUCCCUCCCCAUUCCCCCUCCCCAAUUGCAGAUUCGGUUUGGGUGGGUUUGGGUGGGUGUAG